UAGCUAAUGAGGCUAAAAUUGGAGGACCCGUCCAAUAUAGAUGGAUGUAUCCUAUUGAGCAGAUGUUGCAUGAGUUAAAGAAGUUUGUUCGUAAUAUGGCUCGUCCAGAAGGGUCAAUUGCAGAAGGCUACAUUGUGAAGGAGUGCACGACUCUUUGCUCAAGAAACUUCAAUGAUAUGAAGACUAAAUUUAAUACACUUGAUCGAAACUAUGAUGGCUGUUCUCAUAAAAUUGAAGGUGAACUCUCCUUAUAUCCUCAAUUUGGACGAGCAUUAGGAGCUGGAAUACCUCGUAAUCUUAGUGAAGAAGAGUGGUUGCAAGCUCAUGUUUAUGUUUUGAAGAAUUGUGAUGAGGUUCAACCGUUUCUUGAGGAGUACUUACAAAAUCAGCAGAAUGAACCAAAAAAAAUCACACAAAGAUUGGAGUAAUUCUUUCACUAGUUGGUUUAAAACUCGAGUUGCAAGAAUGAAUAUGCAAGACCAGCCCUCAAAUUAUAAUGCUUUAAAGUCAUUAUCCUGUGGUCCUUUGAAAUAUGUGACAUGUUUUACUGGCUAUGUUGUUAAUGGGUUCAGAUUUCGAAUAGAAGAUCAUGACAAAGGAUGUGUAACACAAAAUUGUGGAGUAUGUGUAAUUAGUGACCUAGGUACUGGUACAAACAAUGUUGAGUAUUAUGGAGUGCUGACAGAGAUUCUUGAAUUGCAAUAUCUUGGCGGGAAAAGAGUGGUACUGUUUCAUUGUAGAUGGUUUGAUGUACAUGACAAUGUAAAAGGAGCCAAAAUAGAUAAAUAUGGAUUCACAGCCAUUAAUUGCCAACGUAUCUUCAAGACAAAUGAACCCUACAUUUUAGCUAACCAAGCAUCACAAGUGUUUUAUGCCAUAGAUAAUUCUAUGAAUGGUUGGCAUGUCGUUAUUAAGAUGCAACCUCGUAGCUUAUAUAAGAUGCCACUACGAGAAAAGGUUGAGGACAACUAUGCAUUGGACGGUGGAGAUGCUUCAGUGGGUUUAGAAGUCGAGCCAAUGUUAGUUGAAACAUCAAUGGCCAAGAGGAAAAGAAAUGAAUGAACCACAAGAGUUACAGUCAAGCUAUGAAUGCACCAUUUAACAAAGGAAUGAGCCACAAAAAUAGAAAAUUUAGAACACCUCGUUUGUCAAAGAAAUUGCAUGAACAUGGAAAAAAAUAUGCUGGAAAUGACAAGUUAACAACUCCAUCAAUUUCUCAAGGCAGAACAGAGCAAGAACCUGAGGCCACAUUCAAUUAUUCAAUGAACAGUAAGAUAAUUAUAUGUUUAUAUUUUGGAGAAUGAUUUUUAUGAAAUUAUUUGAGCUUAAAAGUGCUAAUUGUGCAGUGCGUUUUUGUCGGCCUAACUUUAUUCUUUUUUGUUCUUGAAAGGAGACAAAACACAUCACACUCUCUGAUUGUGCAUUAUAAAGAUUGUGAAUUCCAUGAAAAUGGUUUCAAUGAAGAUAGUUCAUUCUUGGAUAUGUUGAGCAUCUGUAAGAAGUUCAUUGAUAUAUAUUCUGUUGGUAUCAAAAUCACUGAUGGAGAUGCUAGACCCUUAAGGAGUGAUAGAGAUGUUUUGGCUAUGCUGAUACGACAUGAGGAUGUUCCUUGCAUCAAUGUUCAUAUAUAUGAGGAUCCUACUGCUGCGCCAUUAAGUUUCAAGCUGCCACAAGACAAUCCAAUGCUUGGUUCGCAAGUCUCGUCAAAUCUUAGAGUAACAAAUGUUAAAAUAGUGGGUGAUCUCAAGGCAAAUAAAAAGGUUAAGGUAACUGGGACUAUUGUUGGAGGGAUUGAAGAUGAAAGCAUGGUGGACUUGUUCAUUACCAUUUCUAAAAGCUUUGAUGCACAGAAAGAUCUUGAGGUUAUUGGUCAUUCUAGGAACAAUAAGGAGUUUCAAUUGCCCUCAAAAGCAGUUGGUCAUUAUGUGGUCGCGAAAUAUUCUCCUAUGAAUGAAGAUGGCAAAUAUGGUGAACCAGUGUUUGUUGUGUCUGACAAAAUUGUUGAGAGUAAGUAA